AUGGAUGAAUAUUUUAAUUCAACUUUAUCAACGCAUAAUGCGGUUGAUAUUUCCUACUUAUUGCAUCUUUCAUCACAGUUUCCACUUUAUGGAGGUUAUCCUGAAGUGUUUGGAUACAUUCUUCCGCCAGUGAUAGUGUUGACAUUAGUCACUAAUUGUCUCGUUAUAACAGUGUUGAUUAAGAAGGAAAUGCGCACCCCAACUAAUGUUAUAUUAGCUGGACUAGCUUUCAGUGAUAUGAUGUGCGGAGUGAUAAUUUUUCCUGUAUUCUUCAACUUUUUUACUCUAGGAAAAUAUAACGAAAUAGUGCCGUUUGACUGGUGUCUCCCGUAUCAAGUAUUAAUAGUUCUAGCUUCAGGGUUUCAUAAUAUAUCUGUGUUACAGACAGUUGCCUUGGCAACACAAAGAUAUAUUUUCAUAUGUGUGCCGAAAGCGCGUUCAAAAUUAAAUUAUUUCAAUGCAUUAAAAGUAGUCGUUAUUUUACAUAUCAUCGGACUAUUUGCUCAUGCCGGAAGGUUUCUUGAUACUUACUUUGUACCAGCCUUUGCUUAUCAGUCAAUUUCACCAGACUAUUAUUUUAACUCAAACAAUAUCGGAUGCAUAACAGUUUUCCGUGACUGGGUCAAACCGAAUUUGGAGUUAUACGUUAAUGUAUAUUUCAUACUGCGUGCAACGUGCUUUGGAAUUUUGCCAUGCAUCAUUUUAACAAUUUUAACUACGUUGUUGAUAAAAUCAAUGACGUCACAAAGAAUGAAGAGAAGACGUUUAUUUAGAGGAAGGGGAAUAUGUGAUGGUCUUAAUCAACAAGACAAACAAAACGUGAGGACAACUUUACUGUUGAUUGUGGUGGUUGGUAUACAUUUAUUCUGUGAAAUUCCUAACUCUGUGGUUCUAUUUAUAGACGCCGUUGAAGCUGCAAUUGAUUUGUAUAAUGUGUCGAAUGCAAAAUUAAUUGUAAUAAGCAUAUCUAAUAUAAUGGUGAUAUUAAGUUGUCCAGUGAAUAUUUUCAUCUAUUGUGGAAUGAGCAUGAAAUUCAGAACAACGCUGAAACAAAUGUUAAAGUGUAGAUAAAGAUAUCGUGAUAAAAGAAAACGUUGACUCAUAUGUGCAAUGUACUUUUUUGAGGAUAACAUUUGCUAUGAAAUGUGUCACAUGUGCUAAUAACAAAAAGGAUUCAAGUUAAAAAAAAUAAACCGGUAUUUGACUUUUUGUAUUAUGUAUUUAUUCGGAUUUUAUCCUAAUACACUACAAUGUAUCACUCACUUAGUUAUGACUUUAUAUACAUUAUUUAUUCAUCUGUGAUUAAAGGCUUA